AUGACCUUCCUGAACGACCAUCCUAGUCCAGAGGUUGAUAAAAGAGAGGAAGAGGAGAAGGAAGAUGGCAUGGGGCCUUGUCCGCCAGUCACCCCGAAGAACUGCCUUGCUCCCCGGGGCAUCAGCGUCCUGGAGAAACUCGUCAAAACGUGCCCGGUGUGGCUGCAGCUGGGCCUGGGCCGGGCUGAGGCGGCCAGGAUCCUGCACCGAGAGGCGGCCGGGACAUUCCUGGUGCGCAGGGACAGCUGCUCGAAGCGCCUGGUGCUCUGUGUCCACUUCCCUUCCCUGAACGCGGGCUCGUCCGAGGUGCUCGAGUACACCGUCAAAGAAGAAAAAUCGAUAUUGUACCUGGAAGGCUCGGUUCUUGUGUUUGAGGACGUCUUCAGACUGAUUGCGUUCUACUGUGUCAGUAGAGAUUUACUGCCCUUCACGCUGAGGCUGCCACAGGCCAUCCUUGAGGCCAGCAGCUUCACAGACCUCAAGACCAUCGCCAACCUGGGCCUGGGCUUCUGGGACUCCUCACUGAACCCCCGGCGAGCAGCUGGCAGCCCAGCAGAACCCCCAAGAGACCCAGCCCCCAGGGCGCCCCCAGCCUCCAGCCUCAGGUCCGCCUCCCAUCAGGGAAACUGCGCCUGUGAAAUUGAGCUCUCGGUAGGAAAUGACCGCCUGUGGUUUGUGAACCCGAUCUUCAUUGAGGACUGUGGCAGCGCCCUGCCUGCCGACCUGUCACCCCUGAGAAGCUGCCCCCCUGGCCCGUUGCCUCCCACCUCUGACUCUACCUCACCCGCCUCCCGGUGGGCCCCUCGCCGCCCGGCGCCCCCGCCCCCAGCACCUCCUCUCCACCCCGGCAGUCCUGCCCGGCCUCUUCUACCCCCUGCCCCAGCUCCGGCCUGUCCUUUGCCCAGUUCUCCCUCACCUCCAGACGCCCUUCCUCCUGCAUCCCCAGCAUCUGUCCCCCACCUGGCACCCCAUGCCUUAGGCUCCCCGGACUAUCCAAGCCAGCGACCCAUGACAGCCUGUGAGAGGCCCCCAUGCACCCCCACAGGCCUGGGCCCCCUCAGGGAGGAAGAGAUGAAGCCAGGGGCGGCCCCCAGCCCCUUGCAGCAGGCCCCCGCCCCUCCAGGCCCAGGGAAGAAGGGCGCCCCUGCUGCUCCUCCCCGACGCCGCCUCUCUGAGAAGGUCUCCCUGGAGGACCCGAAUGUGGAGAAGAUGGACAGGGGCACAACCGCACAGUGGGACCAGCCGGGUCUUUCCCGGACACCCCCACUCGGCCUGCCUCCCCAGGGGACCUCAGACAGCCCCGGGGACAGGCCUCAGAGGACCACAGAGCAAGGACAGGAAGUAGUGGCCCAAGCCAGCCAGCUGGGCAUCCUGCCAGAGUCGGCAAGGAAGCUCCGGCAACCCCCAGUCCCUCCUCCUAGGAAGAAGCGGAUUUCCCGGCAACUGGCCUCGGUCCUCCCGAGCCCCUUGGAGAGCGCCGAGCUCUCCACGGACGGGGCAGCCCCUGAGAAACCCACCCCUGGCCCACACGAAGAAACCCCACGCCCUGCCUCCCAAGCUGGGACCGAGAGCCCAGAAGCCCAGGCCAGCGCCUGGCGCCAGAGCGCCCCAGAGUUCAAAGGCUCCCUGGCCUCCCUCUCAGACAGUACGGGGGUGCACACCCCGGCCACCGAUCAGGACUCGUACUCGACCAGCAGCACGGAGGAGGAGCUGGAGCAGUUCAGCAGCCCCAACGUGAAGAAGAAGCCCUCCAUGAUCCUGGGCAAGGCGCGGCACCGCCUAAGCCUGGCGAGCUUCACCAGCGUCUUCCAGGCCUUCCUCUCCAAUGACCGCAAGCUGUACAAGAAGGUGGUGGAGCUGGCCCAGGACAAGGCCUCGUACUUCGGCAACCUGGUGCAGGACUACAAAGUGUACAGCCUGGAGAUGAUGGCGCGCCAGGCCUCCAGCACCGAGAUGCUGCAGGAGAUCCGCACCAUGAUGACCCAGCUCAAGAGCUACCUGCUGCAGAGCACCGAGCUCAAGGCGCUGGGGGACCACACGCAGUACUCGGAGGAGGAGCUGGAAGCGAUUGUGGAGUCCGCCUUGUACAAGUGUGUGCUGAAGCCCCUGAAAGAAGCCAUCAACUCGUGCCUUCAUGAGAUCCACAGCAAGGACGGCUCCCUGCAGCAGCUCAAGGAGAACCAGCUGGUGGUCCUGGCCACCACCACCACCGACCUGGGCGUGACCACCAGCGUGCCCGAGGUGCCCAUCAUGGAGAAGAUCCUGCAGAAGUUCAGCAGCAUGCACAAGGCCUACUCGCCCGAGAAGAAGAUCUCCAUCCUGCUCAAGACCUGCAAGCUCAUCUACGACUCCAUGGCCCUCGGCAACCCAGGGAAGCCCUACGGGGCAGACGACUUCCUGCCCGUGCUCAUGUACGUGCUGGCCCGCAGCAACCUCACGGAGAUGCUUCUCAACGUGGAGUACAUGAUGGAGCUCAUGGACCCCGCCCUGCAGCUGGGGGAGGGUUCCUACUAUCUGACCACCACCUACGGGGCGCUGGAGCACAUCAAGAACUACGACAAGAUCACGGUGACCAGGCAGCUGAGCGUGGAGGUGCAGGACUCCAUCCACCGCUGGGAGCGCCGGCGCACGCUCAACAAGGCCCGCGCCUCCCGCUCCUCCGUGCAGGACUUCAUCUGCGUGUCGUACCUGGAGGUGGUGCAGCCGCAGGACCACCGGCUCUUCGUGCUGGUGGACGGGCGCUGCUUCCAGCUGGCGGACGAGGCGCUGCCGCACCACAUCAAGGGCUACCUGCUGCGGAGCGAGCCCAAGCGCGACUUCCACUUCGUGUACCGGCCCCUGGACAGCGGGGGCAGCGGGGACCCGCCCUGCCUCGUGGUGCGGGAGCCCAACUUCCUGUGAGGCCCGGGCCACGGCAGCCCCCUCGGUGGCAGUGUUUCCUGAGACUGGCUGGGCGGAGAAGCGGGCAGACUGGGGUCACACCGCUCACGCCCCAUGCGCACACUCAGCUGGACCUCCUCAUACAUGCAGGAGCCCACAUCUGACCACACACACACACCCAACAUGGAUGCCUGUCUGUCACACAUGCUUGCAACCCACUGAGCAUGCCGAGGCCAGCGCGGCGGGACAGCUGUGAAAAUGACAAGCAGCAGUGGCCAAGCAUGCUUCCUGAGGCAGAGUCAGCACUGGGAGGCCAGGUUACCUGUUAGAAAGGGAAACCCAGAGAGAGCAGGGGCUCUCCAGCCAGCUGCAGCAAAAAGCUCAAGACGGGGCCUGUUCACACACAGGCCCUGCCUUUCCGCGCCAUCCUCCAAUCUGAAGUAUUCCCUCCGGGGCAUAUUGGAGGCCCAGGAUCUUAAGAGUACCUCUCAGGGUGUGCGCUGAAGAGACAGGCCCCCCUGCCUGCACCAGAGCCUGCCCUCAGCCAGCAGCACCCACAGUCUCUCCUGCAGCUUCUGAGAGCCUCCAGAAGCAGCCAGACGGGCACCGGGACCGCAAACAAGGGCGUCUGCUCCAGGGACGAGCCCAGCCACGGCCACACAGGAACACUGACAGGGCCCUUCCCCUGGCGGACACCAGGGCUGUGGCCAUUGUGGCAAGAGGGGACAGUUUAAUAAAAGCCCUUUUGAAAA